UGACCCUGAGGGGAGGCAGCGAGACUAUAAGAAGUGUGGGCUGGGUGGACGGCAGAAAGCCAGCCGAGGGCCGAGGAGAUGGCUAGCUGCCUCAAAACCACCUGGAGCUGGCGAGUUCAGAGCGUGGUCUUCGGAACUGCCCAACUGCUUUGCUUCAGCGCCCUGAUGACCGAGCUAAUGAACCAGAAUGAAGUGGCCGCGUGGACCUAUAACUACAGCAGCCAUGCAUACACAUGGAGCGUCUCCCGGAACUUCUGCAAGAGGUACUACACAGACCUAGUGGCCAUCCAGAAUAAAAAUGAAAUCACCUACCUCAAUGACGCCAUACCUUACUAUCAGGCUUACUACUGGAUUGGGAUCCGAAAGAUCAAUAAUACUUGGACCUGGGUGGGAACCAAAAAGGCUCUCACUGAGGAGGCUGAGAACUGGGCUGACAAUGAGCCCAACAACAAGAAGAAUAAUCAGGACUGUGUGGAGAUCUACAUCAAGAGGUCGUCGGCCCCCGGCAAGUGGAAUGAUGAACCGUGCGGAAGAAGGAAGCGGGCGCUGUGCUAUACAGCCUCGUGCCACGACACGUCCUGUAGCAAACAAGGAGAGUGUGUGGAGACCAUCGGCAACUACAGCUGCUCCUGCUACCCUGGGUUCUACGGACCAGAGUGUGAAUAUGCCAUUACAUGCGAGCCACUGGAGAACCUGGUGCAUGGAAGCAUGGAGUGCUCCCUGUCCCCGAGAGCAUUUCAGUACAACACCAACUGCAGCUUCCGCUGCGCUGAGGGGUUCGAGCUGAGAGGAGCCGACACAGUUCGCUGCGCUGACGGGGGACAGUGGACAGCACCAGCCCCGGUCUGUCAAGCAUUGCCGUGCCGGGAUCUCACGGCUCCAAACAAGGCCCAGAUGAGCUGCUCCCACCCCCUGGGCACCUUUAAGUACCAGUCCACCUGCCGCUUCAGCUGCGACGGAGGCUUACUCCUGGUGGGAGCGAGUGAGCUGCGGUGCUUGGCUACUGGGGCCUGGAGCGCUCCUUCUCCCAAAUGCCAAGCCAUUACCUGCACACCUCUGCUAAGCCCUCAGAACGGAACGAUGACCUGUGUCCAACCUCUGGGAGAUUCCAGCUAUAAGUCUACCUGCCAAUUCACCUGUGAUGAGGGAUUCUCUUUAUCUGGACCAGAAAGAUUGGACUGUACUCCAUCUGGACACUGGACGGGCUCCCCACCAAUGUGUGAAGCCAUCAGGUGCCCAGAGUUAUCUGCCCCAGAGCGGGGAAGUCUGCAUUGUUCUGACGUUCAUGGAGAAUUCAACGUUGGCUCCACCUGCCAAUUCUCGUGUCACAAGGGCUUUAAGCUGGAGGGGGCCAACAAUGUUAAGUGCACAGCUUCUGGAAGAUGGACAGCACUGCCACCCACCUGUGAGGGUAUAGCACCAGCUCCUACUGCAGAGGUGCGAUGCCCAGCCCUUCUCACUCCCGGCCAGGGAACAAUGUCCUGUAGGCAUCGACUGGGGAUCUUUGGUUUGAACACCACUUGCUACUUUGGAUGCAAAGCAGGGUUCACACUCCUGGGAGACAGUGCUCUCAGAUGCAGGCCGUCAGGACGAUGGACAGCAGUAACGCCAGCCUGCAGAGCUGUCAAAUGCUCCAAGCUGCACAUUACUGAGCCAAUACGGAUGAACUGCUCCAACCCCUGGGGGAAUUUCAGCUAUGGGUCAUCCUGCACCUUCCACUGUCCGGAGGGUCAGCUGCUGAAUGGCUCAGUGAGAACGGCGUGCCAAGAGAAUGGCCAGUGGUCAGCUGCCAUGCCAACCUGCCAAGCGGGGCCACUGACCAUCCAGGAAGCCCUGACAUACUUUGGGGGAGCAGUGGCUUCUACGACAGGUUUGGUGAUGGGUGGAACACUCCUGGCUCUGCUGAGAAAGCGUUUCAGACAAAAAGAUGAUGGGAAAAGCCCCUUGAACCCUCAAAGCCACCUGGGAACAUAUGGAGUUUUUACAAAUGCUGCAUUUGAUGCUAACCCUUAAGAGAGCUGUCCUUCUCUUGGUCACCUCACCCAACCUCUCAGGAUUCUAUUGUUGAAUAUCAGGCUUCCUGCUAGACUUGACUUUAACUGGAGUGGAUCUGCUGCAGUUUUCUGUAAAUAUCUUUUGAAUCAAAGACAUGGAAUUUCCUUUAGAUUAGCUCUGGACCAGAGCAGAAGGAUUAUGCCACAAGCCCAGACUCCCCCACUCACCACCCCUUCCUGCUCCGCCUCUCCACUUCCUCCAGCACAGGCCCAGCGUGAAAUAUUUCUGCAGUGGUCUGUGGGCUCUGCCCUGGCUGUCACUUGAAAGCCUAAUUAGCCAGAGACUGGAACGUCUGACUCACCAAGAGACCAGACUGUGGAGAAAUAAAAAUGCCUGUUUUUGGACCGGCGGAAGGCAUCCUCUACUUUGUUGGAAGGCACGCUGUGUCUCUGACGUGAGGGAAUUUCUGUAAGAUCUCCGGGGUCUCCGAAGCUGCUGUUUAUGAAGCCUGUGAGACCUCUGCUGUGGAAGCUUCCAGAAAGGCCUCUGGAUGGCACCAGAAGCUGCAGGAGACCGAGCAUCAAGACAGGAAGGCACAUGUCACUGUGCAGAGUCCCUCCCCCCAUCACGCUCCCCCAAAAGACCCAAAGACCAAUAUUCAAAUGUGUAAUUAAAAGGA